CGUUGACGACCUCCUCAUACCUCGCGGUUCUCGACUUUCUCCAUAUCAUCAUAGAGAUCAUAGAUCAUAGCAUACAAGAGCUCGACCUUGGAGCCUGAAGGUAGACGACAUAUACGACCAUGCGGAUCGCGCCACUCCCGAUUGUCCUCCUCCCGCUCCUCACCCUAUGUCCACCCAUCCUCGCCUCACCUGCACCCACGCAGCUGGUAGCACAUCAGGACGCUGCUUCUGCUACACCGAUCGUCGUCGAGGGAACACCAUCAACUGAUCCGGCGGCGACCUUGAAUACGCAAACGGGUACGGGAGUCACGCAGAAUCCGGCCGAACAGACUUCUACGGUCGGAGGAACGGUGUCGGAUGUGGAAACGCAGACCUCGCCCGCAGCGGAAACUACAACUCCAGAGCCUACACCUGCACCUGAAUCCACUUCCGCUGCAGUAACAGAGACCCCAACUACACCUUCCACGAGCGCACAGGCGGGAUCGUCAUCGGAAUCCACACCCGAAGCAUCGUCUUCCCCAGUCCCAGUAGAGAGUACCAGUCAGGAACCUACGCCUUCACAGUCUCCUGCCUCUUCUGUGGAUCCGAUUACCUCCUCUUCGGAAGCUGUAACUACGUCGACUGAAGCACAGCCUUCGGCAACGAGCACCGAGCAGAGCGCCGUCCCUUCCCAAACGCAGACAGAGGCACAGACGAGCCAGGCAGAACAGACGCCAAAUGCAACCUCAGAGCCUAGCACUCCCGCUUCUACUUCAUUCGCACAAGAGGCCUCGUCCACGGCGGUCGUGCCAUCAACUAGCGCUGUAGCUAGUUCGGAGGGUAGUACUGCUGGGGAGACCUCUACCGGUAUUGGGGGCGGAACCAGCGGGAAUGCUGGUAGCCCAACGACCACGACAACGGCAGCGGGAGUGACGACGACUACGGAUCAAGUGGGAGGAGUCGCGACCACAACGAACGGUCAGGUGACUACUUCAUCCGGUCCGAGGACGACUACUCAGGCGGCUGUCACCACUACGACCACAGGCAAUUCUGGAUCAGGAAGCACCGUCGUCCAGAACCCCAACAACAACAGCCCUACCACGACAACCAACAACAAUAACAACAACACCCCUGCACCGACUCAGGUUCCUUCGACGGUAACAGUCCCAGCACCUUCCCAAGACGCAGGCGGGACGAGGACGGUCACUUCUGCGCCUAUUGUAGGUGUGGUCACUCAAUACGUCACUGCACCCGUGACCGAAGUGGAUUCGAGCGGACGGACCGUAGUCAGGCAGAGCGAGGGGGUCGAUGUGGUGACCAUCACGGUCGCCGCGGGCGGUAGUGGAGUUGGGGUUGCACCCGAAGUAAUCACCUUGACAGCGACUCAAGGUCAAACGCAAGAUACGGGCGGCGUGGUUGUGGUCACCAUGACCGAGGAUACCACCUCGACGGACCCUGCAGGCGGACAGGUCGUCGUCGUCAAGACGUUGACCUCCUCCAUCCCCUUUACACGACCGGCUACCGCGACCGCCGAUGGGGGUACAUUACAGCAAAUGCCGGAUUCGUCGGCCCUCUCGUUGGCCGCUACGGGCAGGUGGAAAUGGGCAUUGACGGGGUUGGCAGUUGGGGUGGGAGCGGGAGUAUUGGGGGUCGUCGGAUAGGGAAAAAUAAUCCUAUACACGACUCGGGUCGUAUACGAGCAAGUACGAGCAGGCAGGAAAAGAGAGAGCAGGUCAUAAUAACACGGGAGACCAUAACAUAAUAGAUUGCGGUGAAGCUGUACGAGAAGAGAAAGAGGAGGAGAGCAGACGACAAAAAGGUCUGGGUCACACGACAAGGUCCGCACGGGCCGACUGUAUCGAUAAUCUACAUCAUAUCAUAUUAUAUUGAAAGGC